UAAGAACCAAUAAUUUUCUUUGAUCAAGAAAGCGGCAUCUACCUGUAAGCCUGCGAACUCUACGACAAGAAAUUAUUGAUCUCGUGGUGUUAUAAAUUCUUUACAGAGGGCGCAAUGUUGGUACCGAAUGUCACUGUGUUCCCGGUGUAUUCUGCGAUAUUUUUCAUUUUCCCCACUGUCCUGUUCGAUUCCUGCUUUCCCAGUUCUACGCGUCCUGUUGCGGGUUGAGGUUGUUGGUUUAUCGGGUGUUCUAAAGUGUUUUCUAAAAUGGCGUUCAAUGGAGAUGGUCCACAAAAUAAAAGACAGCGGAUUGAAACAGAAGCUAUCAACCGAGUUCACCAGGGAAAUUUCACGAAUAACGAAGAACCAAGGAGGAAAGGCCAAGAACCCAGCAAACCAAAUCACAUUCUUCUGUUCACAAUCAUAAAUCCAAUGUAUCCAAUCACAGUCGACGUUCUACACACAAUCUGCCAAUCCAGUGGACAAGUGUUGAGGAUCGUGAUAUUCAAGAAAAAUGGCGUCCAAGCUAUGGUCGAAUUUGACAACGUAGAAUCAGCAGUAAGGGCCAAAGAAGCAUUGAAUGGUGCUGACAUAUACUCAGGAUGCUGCACAUUGAAGAUCGAUUUCGCUAAGCCAGAAAAACUCAAUGUUCACAAAAACGACUCAGAAAGCUGGGAUUACACAACCACCUUACUGAAAGAAAACACAAGCAAUGGAAGACCACAACCCUUAUUACAGGAGCCACACUUCGGAUCGAGACCACAACCAUUCAAUCGCUUUCCCUCCGAGACACACAGAUACGAGGAGAUGGGCCCCGGUUUCCCGGAACAGUUCGGCAACGAGAACUUUCGAAAAAAUCCAACGGUGACGAGUCCGGAGUUCCGGGAGCAGAGGAACGCCCAGUUUCAGCAACCCGGCGCCGUGCUCAUGGUCUACGGUCUGGACCCCCUACGCACCAACGCCGAUAAACUCUUCAACUUGAUGUGUUUGUACGGGAACGUAGUGAGGAUCAAAUUCCUCAAGUCGAAGGAGGGCACGGCUAUGGUGCAGAUGGGCGACAGCGUGGCCGUGGAGAGGUGCGUCCAGAACCUGAACAACAUAACGGUGGGCUGCACGGGCGCCAUACCGCCGUCCGCCAACAAUUCGAAUAACGAGAAGAGCGCCGAAGAGCACAAGAUACAGCUGGCGUUCAGCAAACAGCCCUAUCUGAGCGAGGUGACGAACCCCUAUCCGCUCUCCGACAAAUCGCCGUCUUACAAGGAAUACGCCACAAACAAGAACAACAGGUUCAUGAACGCGACGAUGGCCAGCAAAAACAGGAUCCAGCCCCCCAGUAAGAUAUUACAUUUCUUCAACACUCCACCGCAGGUGACGGAAACGGAAUUAAUUCAAGUGUUCAAAGACUACGACGUCGUCGCACCAAAGGCUGUAAAACUAUUCCCCAUGAAGUCGGAGAGAUCGAGUUCCGGCCUAUUGGAAUUCGAGACAACGACAGAAGCCGUGGCCGCCGUCAUGGCAUGCAACCACGCCGCAAUCGACAGUCCCGGCACCAAAUUUCCCUUCAUAAUGAAACUGUGUUUCUCAUCGUCAAGAAGUAUGUCGAUCAAAAACGGCAACGACAAUGGAGACGGGACAGGAGAGCUCCGUUUGAGGCAGGAAUAAGGGCUACUGUUUCCCUUCAACACCUACCAAUACAUAUCCUUUCCAUAUUUAAUAUAUCCUUUAUAAUAUCGAUGAGAUACAUUCGUUAUCCUUAGAUUUUGUUUUUCUGUUCUUGUUGAAAAGUUACAAUACAAAAAAAAAAUGCCAUUUUAUUGAUAGUGUACAAUUUACUUUCAUCAAAUGAAACGAACAUAUUGUGUAGACAUAUCUGAAUUUAUCGGUAUAAAUUCAUUAUAAUUGUUAAUGUUAUAAGAGUACUUAAAUUUCUAUCUCAGCAACGACUAGGAUGUAAUAAUUUAUUAUUCAACACAUGAUUUAUGUGAUGUGAUUGUGUGUGUAUGUUGGGCUAAGCACACCCUUAUCAAGAUUAUUUGUUAUUACGGUUGAAUCUCGUUUUUAUUAUGAUUAUUAUUUCAAACUGUUAUUUAUAUUUAUUUUUGUCGAAUUUUUAUAUUUUAUUUAUUUAUUGCCUGGGCCAGAUGCAAGCCGACAAGGUAUGUGUUUAAGUGCUGUGUUUGAACAUUCUCCUUUGUGAAAUCAUGUACUGAUUGCCGAUAUUUUAAUAUGAUGAAUUUUUUCUGACGAAUAUUUCUAUUUAAACGAAUACACAUAUCCGAUGUGAUUUCUUCAUCUCCAUAUUUUUCAUUUUAUAUUGAUGAAU